CAUAGGUGGUGCCCGAUGUGAAGGAUUUGGACAUGUGACCAAGGGUGAGUGCAUCAUCGAGGUGCAUCUUCGUGGUGCACUACUACUCGUAUUUCGCGGUUAAACACGUGGUCCGGGUUCUUCAAUGCGUAUUUCGAAUGUAGCUGAAUGGACACGGUGGCUCGGGCAAGGCACGACGCAUGGAUAGAUAAAAAUUUCUGACAAACAGGAAACGUGCGGCAUGGGUCUGCCGCGUCUCUCCCUAAAGGGAUAUUUUUUCUACGUGCUAUGCUCGUCUGGUCUGUUGUUGGUUAUAUUGAAUCUAGUGCAGGACGAGAUAUGGCACCGUAUGCGACCUCAUCCUGGACGAACGCCACCCGUUCGCGUUUCCGACAACACAAAGAUCAAAGAAAAUUGGCCUGCAAAAUUGAAGAAACCGACAAUGCAGAAUCGGGAAAAAGUGAAGGAAAAGCUUCCAUCCGAGGUAUUCAACUUAACUGGCACCACGACCUUAUCACGAAACAGUUUAGAAUCCUUGGAUCCAUCAAAGAGACCUUGGUACAUGAAAGGAGGGAGCAGAAGGCCUUAUCCUGCCAUAAAAUCUCAUCGUACUGGUCGAAGAUUGGCGCGUUUGUGGCCCGACGAAGACGCUUAUGACGAUCGUGUUACUAAUCAAUUAAUGUACGUGCCCAGUGAUUAUAACAAAACCAGUGGCGAUCGUCCAUUAAAGAAAAUAAUGGUUCCACAUGGUAUGCCCGAGGCAAAAGUUGGCCCCGAUAUAUUUCUUCAGCAUCGAUGUCCAGUCAAUACAUGUACAAUCAUCAGGGAUAACGCCGAAGAGGCCGACUUAAUUUUAUUUCAAGAUUAUAUAACGCAUGUGGGAAGAAGAUCUUCGAAUCAACAGGUGUGGAUGCUGUAUUUUUUAGAGUGCCCUUAUCACACGCAGAGCGUGAAGAACGCUAUCAUCAAUUGGACGGCAACUUAUCGUCGUGACAGCGACAUAGUCGCACCCUAUGAAAGGUGGCAAUAUUACGACCCUAGUAUUACACAAAUACCGCAGACUUUUAAUUAUGCAGCCAACAAAACUAAAAAGGUAGCCUGGUUCGUUUCCAAUUGCCAUCCUCGGAAUCAACGUAUGCAUUACGCUAGAGAAUUGUCGAAAUAUAUCCAAGUUGACAUUUAUGGGACCUGCGGUACUUUAAGAUGUCCACGUUCGCAGUCUCAAGCGUGCUUCGAUAUGCUCGAUGAAGACUACAAGUUUUAUCUCGCGUUCGAGAAUUCCAAUUGCAAAGACUACAUCACGGAAAAGUUCUUCGUCAAUGGUCUUGGACACAACGUUCUGCCAAUUGUAAUGGGUGCGCAUCCAACGGAUUACGCUCGAAGCGCACCAUACCGCUCUUACAUCCACGUGGACGAGUUCGAAUCGCCGAAAGAGCUCGCCGAGUAUCUUCAUCGUUUGGAUCGAGACGACGAAUUGUAUAAUUCGUACUUUCGGUGGAAAGGUACCGGCGAGUUUAUCAACACGUACUUUUGGUGUCGCGUGUGCGCCAUGUUGCAUGACGAUCGGCCGCCAAAAUUUUACAAGGACGUGAACGAUUGGUGGAGAGGCGAUGGGAUAUGCACGACUACUUCCUGGCGCGAACACGAUUCGGUUCGCGCGGGAAAUUUAAAAAAUACUUGAAAAAUUUUCUGCCUAGGUUUUUAUCAAUUUUCGCGAUUAAAACGAUGAACGGGAAGGCAAUGGGAUAUACGCGACUCGGUUUGCGCGGGAAAUUUGAAAAAUAUUUUCAAAAUUUUCUGCAUAAUUUAAUACACGUAUUAUUGAAUAAUAAUUGAAGGGACGCGGUGCGUCUGAAUUUAUAUUUACACUUUAGGAUAGAAUCGUUUGAACUUCCAAGAGAAAAAUGGAAAGUUUUUAUCGAUACGGAAUAGAACAAUUUGUUCUGUCGUUUUUUUUUCUCUCUCUCUCGUUGUUUACCUUGCAAUUCGAUUUGUCGCAUGGAAGAAAAAAAUUAAUCCACGGAUUCUUUUGGAAUCCAGAAACAAUACCGAGACGUUCGAGUCGACGAAUGUCUGGAUAGUCUAAUAAAAUUGAUGAAAAGACUGCCUAUUACGAAUUUGACGAAACCGAGAGCUAGGUGUAAUUCGAAUUUGUAUUUUUCGAUGAACAGCACACAGACUUUUACACUCAUCAAUCCGAUUUUUACGGUGAUUAAAUCAAAUAUUGAUCUUCUUUCUUCGAACGCGGCAGUAAACGAUUGUUGUCUUGACUCUGGUCAAUUAUUCGAGAUUAAUUCUUCGCUUUGCGAAACGAAGAUGAAAAUUUUUAUCCUUUGAAACAUUUUUCACAAUUCACACGUUGUUACAUUGAUAUUAAAAAUUUAGAUGCAUAAUUUAUAUUCAUUUUGAAAAUUAUUCUUCAAUUAUAUCGA